AUGUCUUCUCGACCUGACCUCAGGGUCGACGACGAAGUCGGUUUCAUUCGUUUCUACCGCUCUCUUCCUUCGGACGGCAAAGAUGACACAAUUCGAGUAUUCGACCGGGGUGACUGGUACUCUGCACACGCUGCCGAUGCCGAAUUCAUAGCCCGUACCGUUUACAAGACAACCUCUGUCAUCCGGAACCUUGGCCGCAGCGAAACUGGGGGUCUGCCAUCCGUGACCAUGAGCGUAACGGUUUUCCGAAACUUCCUUCGCGAAGCCCUCUUCCGACUCAACAAACGCAUUGAGAUCUGGGGAUCAGUUGGCCACGGCAAAGGGCAGUGGAAGCUGGCUAAGCAGGCUAGUCCCGGAAAUCUGCAGGAUGUGGAGGAGGAGCUGGGUAGCGUUGGCGGGCUCACCAUGGACUCGUCGCCUAUCAUCCUGUCCGUGAAGAUCUCGGCCAAGGCAUCUGAGGCAAGGAGCGUGGGUGUCUGCUUUGCGGAUGCGAGCGUUCGGGAGCUGGGUGUGAGCGAGUUCCUGGAUAAUGAUAUUUACUCUAAUUUUGAGUCGCUGGUUAUCCAGCUGGGGGUUAAGGAAUGCCUGGUGCAGAUGGAUACAAACAGGAAAGAUGCCGAAUUGGGAAAGAUCCGGACUAUCGCAGACAGCUGCGGUAUCGCUAUUUCAGAGAGACCCGUCGCGGACUUUGGGGUCAAGGAUAUUGAACAAGACCUGACUCGGUUGUUGAGGGAUGAAAGGUCCGCGGGAACCCUGCCUCAGACGGAGUUGAAGCUGGCAAUGGGCUCGGCUUCUGCUCUGAUCAAGUAUCUGGGUGUCAUGUCAGACCCGACCAACUUUGGACAGUAUCAACUUUACCAGCAUGACCUGUCUCAGUACAUGAAGCUGGAUUCCUCUGCGCUUCGCGCGCUUAACCUCAUGCCUGGUCCGCGAGACGGGUCGAAGAGUAUGAGCUUGUUUGGCUUGUUGAAUCAUUGCAAGACCCCUGUCGGUAGCCGGCUGCUGGCCCAGUGGCUGAAGCAGCCGCUCAUGGACUUGAAGGAAAUCGAAAAGCGACAGCAACUUGUCGAAGCCUUUGUUGUGAACACGGAGUUGAGACAAACCAUGCAAGAGGAACAUCUCCGUUCCAUCCCCGAUCUAUACAGAUUGGCUAAGCGCUUCCAACGGAAGCAGGCGAACCUGGAAGAUGUGGUUAGAGCCUAUCAGGUUGCUAUUCGCCUUCCUGGAUUUGUCAACUCCUUGGAAAACGUCAUGGACGAGGAAUACCAGACGCCUUUGGAGACAGAAUAUACUUCCAAACUGCGGCAGCAUUCCGACAGCCUGGCUAAACUGGAAGAGAUGGUUGAGACCACAGUCGAUCUCGCUGCCUUGGAGAACCACGAGUUCAUAAUCAAGCCCGAGUUUGAUGAUAGCUUGCGGAUCAUCAGAAAGAAAUUGGACAAGAUUAGACAUGACAUGGAUGUCGAACACCGCAGAGUGGCCAGAGAUCUCGACCAAGAGGUGGACAAGAAGUUGUUCAUGGAGAACCACCGGGUUCACGGCUGGUGCUUUAGACUCACCCGUACCGAGGCGGGAUGUAUUCGAGGAAAGAGGGAAUACCAAGAGUGCUCGACACAGAAAAACGGAGUCUACUUUACCACAUCGGCUAUGCAGUCGUUCCGUCGGGAACACGACCAGCUUUCGUCCAACUAUAACCGAACCCAGACCGGAUUGGUCCACGAGGUUGUCAGCGUCGCAGCUUCGUACUGCCCCGUUCUUGAACAGCUGGCCGCUGUGCUGGCCCACCUCGAUGUCAUUGUUAGCUUUGCUCAUGCGUCUAUGCAUGCACCGAACGGCUAUGUUCGCCCUAAAAUGCACCCACGGGGAACUGGAAGCACGGUGCUUAAGGAGGCACGACACCCGUGUAUGGAGAUGCAAGAUGAUAUCUCUUUCAUUACCAACGAUGUAUCAUUGAUCCGGGAUGAAUCAUCGUUCCUCAUCAUUACUGGUCCUAACAUGGGUGGUAAAUCUACUUAUAUCCGGCAAAUUGGAGUUAUAGCCCUCAUGGCCCAGACGGGAUGUUUCGUACCUUGCACUGAGGCUGAACUGACCAUUUUCGACUGUAUCCUCGCCCGUGUAGGUGCAAGCGAUUCUCAGCUCAAGGGUGUUUCGACAUUCAUGGCCGAGAUGCUUGAGACUUCCAACAUUCUCAAGUCUGCUACAUCCGAAUCCCUCAUUAUCAUCGAUGAGCUCGGCCGUGGAACCAGCACAUACGAUGGUUUCGGUCUGGCCUGGGCCAUUUCCGAGCAUAUUGUCACCGAGAUCCGCUGCUUCGGCCUCUUUGCAACCCAUUUCCAUGAGUUGACAGCCCUUGCUGACCGCUACCCCAAGUCUGUGAAGAACCUGCACGUCGUGGCGUUCAUCGGAGAUGGUGCCGAGAACGAAGCAGAUGAAAAGUCAAAGCAAAGACAAGUUACCCUUCUGUACCGCGUUGAACCUGGAAUAUGUGAUCAGUCUUUCGGUAUCCAUGUGGCUGAAUUGGUUCGCUUCCCCGACAAGGUUGUCAACAUGGCCCGACACAAGGCCGAAGAGUUGGAAGAUUUCACCACUCACUCUGACAAGCCUGGCCAGGAGCCCACCCAAUCCGUUGAAGGCUAUUCCCAGGAAGAGGUCGAGGAAGGCAGCUCUCUUCUCAAGGCGAUGUUGUUGAAGUGGAAGGCGGAGAUUGAAUCGCCAGACAAGAAAGACUUGACAGUCGAGGAAAAACGUCAGAUCAUGCGCGAUCUGGUCACGGCUGAUGAGAAAUUGCAGGCGAAUAAAUUAUUCCAGGGCAUUAAGGGUUUCGGGUCCUACGUGAAUAAUGUCAACAUGAUCAUGAGCGAUGGGUUGCUGCGGGUAUUUUGGCCAUACGACCUCCCGCGAUCUUCGGCGCCGGGGGUGAUUGUCGGAUGGCGGAACUCGGAGCUGGAUCUAUUUGUUCUGACCGUGCUGGAGGAUGUUGAGCCUCGAAAUGUCGACAAUGCGCUGCGUGCCGGGAUUCUUUUCCGCAAUAGUCCACACCCUAUUGUGCGGAUUUUCACGCUCUGUGGAAGAUCUGCGAUGCAUGUUUUGGGGUCGACUAAUCCUCGAGAUCCACCGACAACGUUCAACUCGUCUCACCUAUAUGUCACAACACCUCCGUCAUGCAAGGUUCCGAGGAUAUUCUGUCCUCCAGAGGCCAAUCUCUCAGUUCAAGUAAUCAUGUUCCACCGCCCUCAUCCGACUAGAAUGGAGUACAUGUCACUGGACCCGAUAUCCCUCGCCCUGGGUGAUAAGGUGUCGACAGCUGAAGGAUCGGGGGCGGUGCUCAAGAAAAUCGAUACCGAAGAAGAAGGAGACAAGGAACGAUCUCGGAUGCUGGUUGAAAAGCUCAAACUUCACACUGUGGUGAAGCACGUUCCGUCGCAUAAAGAACAAGCGCUACCCCUCAUCGUCAACCAGGUUAAUUGUGCGUAUGAAAUGGGAAAGCUUAUGGAAAAGAAUAGCCAUCUUAUCGGGAUACGUGUAAAGAGAAGUAUGAGUGUUGGCGAACGGGUUGUCGAAUCUGCUUCUACACUUUGGGACCUUUUUGUGCUUGGUGUCUCUUAUGUCUUUUGGCAGUGGAUCUGGCCUGUCGUGACUAGGGUUUUUAUCACCGGUCUUGUGUUCCAUCGGACGAUCGCUGAGGUUGUUUUGGAAGUCCUUGAAUGGCGUGCCCGACCUGAUGCGGCAGCUUUGAAGGAUAUUUCUGCGACGGCUCAGCAAGUGGAUAUUCGUCUUCAACAAUUUUGCUAUUGGCCUAUUCAGUAUGUCAAGCUGCGUCAGAGAAAGGACAACUGGGAAAGUGUGACAACCAGUCAUCCGGAUUAUAUUCGGUUUUACAACAGUCUAUGGCUUGUCGCGAAUGAUGUGAUCAUUGGAAUCGCUUUGGGUUCGUAUAUUAUCGACAAUGCGAAUUGGGUGGCCUAUCAAAUCAACACAGUCCUUACUGGCUGGACCGUGGAAGGAUUGCAGCGCACUAUCUCCUGGUUGAUGGAUUGGCCGGCAGGUUUGAAGCUUAACAACGAGCUUGCUGCCUUCUUGGGUGAUCUUUUUCUGUGGGUCAUUGAAAACUGGGCAGCCUGCAUUGCAAAUCUCCAACCAUACCUUCCCCAUGUAAUAUACAUCGUGGGGUGCUCCAGCUUUGCCGGGGCAAGUAUGCCUAUCGCGCUCUUCUCGGAUCUGGUCUCGAUCCUGACCGUGCAUAUCUACUCGUUCUAUAUUGCUUCUGCCCGCAUCUUCAACUGGCAGCUUACUAUCAUAAUAUCUCUCUUCCAUCUCUUUCGCGGUAAGAAGCGAAAUGUGCUACGCAACCGAAUAGACUCCUGUGAUUACGACCUCGACCAACUGCUUCUCGGCACUAUCCUGUUCACAGUCCUCUUCUUUCUCCUACCCACCGUCGUGGUCUUCUACCUGACGUUUGCAUCUGCACGGAUGUUGAUCAUAUCACUCAAAGCGGCGCUUGAUACUUGGUUGGCGUUCCUCAACCACUUCCCGCUCUUUGCAUUGAUGUUGCGAGUGAAGGAUUCCCAACGAUUACCAGGUGGAAUUCGUUUUGAGCUUCGUGAAGAAUAUGACAAGUCGUCCAACUCCAUGUCCCCUACUUCGAUCCCCUAUAUUCACCUCGAGUCCAUACCGCUUCCCCUCCGCGCGAUGUUCGACCAAUACUUCCAGUUAGGCCAUCGCCUUCGCAAGCAUUAUCUCUCCCCUAGUGUCAUAUUCUGCCUUGUAACAGGGCGCUUCGUUCCACCCAUCCACCGUCGCAAUUUGUACAGCAUGCAGUACAGCAUGCUGCCUGCCCGCCGCGCCGGGAUGGCAGAUGUGUGGGAACUACUGACUCAACCUAAAAAAGGAAAUGGAGGGAGCGGUGGCUCUUCGUCAGCUGGGGGUGCAGGAAAUGGACUACUCAAGGUUCCGGGUGGGUUUGGACAAGGAGAUAACCGGAGACGAGGGCAUCGGUGA